AUGGAGUUGAUCACUUCCAUCACUCGUUAUCUUUCUAUUGUUGCAAUAUUGAUACGCAUUGUACAAUCCCUACCAUAUCUUCCAGAGGAAGCAGACUGGAAUCUCAAUCAAAACCAGACGGCGACACACCCCCUCGACUACUCGGGUCAAUUUGUAAAUGGCGAUCCGAGUAACGAUAAUGCAAAUGGUACACAAUGGGAACACAUCUUGACCUCCAACGAGUUCCGCAAUGGCGGCGACGUUCUUGGGUUGAUUGAUACGUUCGAUUAUAUUCAGGGAAUGGGGAUUAAGGGCAUCUAUCUCGCUGGCACACCGUAUAUCAACUUCCCUUGGGCUGCUGAUGGAUACUCCCCGCUUGACCUGACUCUGCUGGACCAUCACUUUGGUACGAUCGAGGACUGGCGUACAAUGAUAUCUGAGGCGCACCGACGGGGGCUAUAUGUUCUUUUGGAUAAUACCUUUGCAACAAUGGGCGAUCUUAUCGGUUUUCAGGGUUUCUUGAACAAGUCCGCGCCGAUCAAUCCUAACGAAUACGACUAUGUAUGGAAGUACGAACGUCGAUACUGGGACUUUCAACCUGGAAAUGAAGUUGAGAGCGAAUGUCCCUGGGAGCAUCCUCGGUUCUGGGAUGAUAACGGGUCUGGCUUGACUACCACAACCCUUGGUUCUUCAUGUCGGAAUAGUGAAUUUGAUCAGUAUGGGGAAGUUGCCGCCUUUGGAAACUACACCGAGUGGGAAGGACAAAUAUCCAAGUUCGCAUUUGUGCAGGAUCGUCUACGCGGGUGGCGGCCAGACGUGCUAGCCAAGAUCAAACACUUUUCGUGUCUCACCAUCACCAUGCUUGAUAUCGACGGAUACCGCGUCGACAAGGCUCUACAAGUUACCCUUGACUAUCUUGGAGAAUGGUCCGAGCAUAUGCGGUAUUGCGCUAAGCAGGUGGGAAAGGACAAUUUCUACAUUCCCGGGGAGAUUGUGGGGGGAAACUCUUUUGGCUCGCUUUAUAUCGGUCGCGGUCACCAGACAAAUCAAACCAUCUCCAAUAUGACGGAAGCGUUCAUGAUGACGAACAAGACACACAAGUCAGAUGAGGAUCUAUUCUUGAGACCUGCGGAGAGGGCAGCGUUGGACGGGGCGGCGUUCCACUACACGUUAUAUCGUGGUCUGAGCCGGUUUCUAGGUCUAGAUGGUAUUUACACUGCCGAAGGCGACCCGCCCGUCAACUUUGUGGAGACCUGGAAUGGCCUUGUGGAGACUAACGAUAUGGUCAACACGAAUACCGGUAAGUUUGAUCCUCGUCACCUGUUUGGUGUCACGAAUCAGGAUGUCUUCAGGUGGCCAGGGAUUAAAAAUGGGACCCAAAAGCAGAAUCUGGGUCUGUACAUCGCUUCGUUGCUCAUGCCUGGAAUUCCCAUCGUCUCCUGGGGCGAGGAACAGGAUUUCUAA